AUGGACUAUGUCAGUUUUGAGUCUGUGCAGCAGUGUGGUAUUGCUGCGUUCCACCUGCGACACGAGCUGUGGGGGGGGCUCAAGGCGGUGCUGCAGCUGCUGCCUCUGGCAUCCGACACCAGCGUGGGCGAGGCUGCUCAGAUGCGCUUUCUGCAGAAACACAUGCACGCCUCCUUCCACCCCAUGAGUAUGCCUCCCUGCAGCACCACAUGCACGCCUCCUACCACCCCCAUGACUAUGCUGCUCAUGCCGCCCUGCUGCUGCGCACUGAUGCCGCAGGGGAUCAGUGCGGGUGGGGGAGGUGAUGGGGGUGAUGGGGGUGAAGGAUUGGGGGAGGUGAGGGAGGGGGAGCUCUGGGUUGCACAGAGCGGGCGGAUUAGCAUGGCAGGGCGGCCGGAGAUUGCGGUGGAGCGCUUUUCAGAAUGGUGGGGGCGGAUGCAGAGGGAUCCGAGUGGGCAGCACGUGGUGGUGCUGCAGCUGGGGGAGGAGGGGCGGCUGCUGUGGGACAAUGGGUGCGCGUGGGCGUUCGUGCGAGCAAUGGAGGGGCGGCAGUUUGGAUACCACAAUAUCAUGUUCAGCUGGAUCGAUACACCUGCAAACAACUUUCCCCCGCCUGUUAAUGAAAACACGAUUCGAGAUGCCUACCAGCUACAGCUCUUUGCCUCCAACGCCUCCCACCUGCCCUCCUGGUGCUUCAGCCAAGACCAAUCAGAGGAGGAGCAAGCAGGACAGGAGGAGCAAGAACAACUUAGGAGAGAGAGCAUGGGAGAGAGGGAAGAGAGGGAAUGGGAGCAUGGCAGGGAGCAGGUAGGGGAGAGGGCAUGGUGUCAGCUGCUGGGCAAGUGGCGCUUCGACCUGCCUGGCUUUAACUCCAUCCCUCUCUACGCACGCAUGAACGAACGAUGCCCCACCCUCCCCCCAAAUUACCGCAUCAUCCUAUCCGCAGCGCAUCAUCCUAUCCGCAGCGCAUCAUCCUAUCCGCAGCGCAUCAUCCUAUCCGCAGCGCAUCAUCCUAUCCGCAGCGCAUCAUCCUAUCCGCAGCGCAUCAUCCUAUCCGCAGCGCGUCAACUUAUCCGUUCACCAGUCCACUCCCGCCUCCUCUUCCUUCAUUCAAUCCUCUCCUCACUGCCUUUCCGCCUUGCUCUUCCGCCUCCCCGGUCCACACUCGCUCUUCCUCCACACCUGCCAUAUGCUCCAUUCCCCAAGCCAUAUGCUCCAUUCCCCAAGCCAUAUGCUCCAUUCCCCAAGCCCCAUGCUCCAUUCCCCAAGCCAUAUGCUCCAUUCCCCAAGCCAUAUGCUCCAUUCCCCAAGCCAUAUGCUCCAUUCCCCAAGCCAUAUGCUCCAUUCCCCAAGCCAUAUGCUCCAUUCCCCAAGCCAUAUGCUCCAUUCCCCAAGCCAUAUGCUCCAUUCCCCAAGCCAUAUGCUCCAUUCCCCAAGCCAUAUGCUCCAUUCCCCAAGCCAUAUGCUCCAUUCCCCAAGCCAUAUGCUCCAUUCCCCAAGCCAUAUGCUCCAUUCCCCAAGCCCCAUGCUCCAUUCCCCAAGCCAUAUGCUCCAUUCCCCAAGCCAUAUGCUCCAUUCCCCAAGCCAUAUGCUCCAUUCCCCAAGCCAUAUGCUCCAUUCCCCAAGCCAUAUGCUCCAUUCCCCAAGCCAUAUGCUCCAUUCCCCAAGCCAUAUGCUCCAUUCCCCAAGCCAUAUGCUCCAUUCCCCAAGCCAUAUGCUCCAUUCCCCAAGCCAUAUGCUCCAUUCCCCAAGCCAUAUGCUCCAUUCCCCAAGCCAUAUGCUCCAUUCCCCAAGCCAUAUGCUCCAUUCCCCAAGCCAUAUGCUCCAUUCCCCAAGCCAUAUGCUCCAUUCCUCAAGCCAUAUGCUCCAUUCCCCAAGCCAUAUGCUCCAUUCCCCAAGCCAUAUGCUCCAUUCCCCAAGCCAUAUGCUCCAUUCCCCAAGCCAUAUGCUCCAUUCCCCAAGCCAUAUGCUCCAUUCCCCAAGCCAUAUGCUCCAUUCCCCAAGCCAUAUGCUCCAUUCCCCAAGCCAUAUGCUCCAUUCCCCAAGCCAUAUGCUCCAUUCCCCAAGCCAUAUGCUCCAUUCCCCAAGCCAUAUGCUCCAUUCCCCAAGCCAUAUGCUCCAUUCCCCAAGCCAUAUGCUCCAUUCCCCAAGCCAUAUGCUCCAUUCCCCAAGCCAUAUGCUCCAUUCCCCAAGCCAUAUGCUCCAUUCCCCAAGCCAUAUGCUCCAUUCCCCAUGCCCCAUGCUCCAUUCCCCAAGCCAUAUGCUCCAUUCCCCAAGCCAUAUGCUCCAUUCCCCAAGCCAUAUGCUCCAUUCCCCAAGCCAUAUGCUCCAUUCCCCAAGCCAUAUGCUCCAUUCCCCAAGCCAUAUGCUCCAUUCCCCAAGCCAUAUGCUCCAUUCCCCAAGCCAUAUGCUCCAUUCCCCAAGCCAUAUGCUCCAUUCCCCAUGCCCCAUGCUCCAUUCCCCAAGCCAUAUGCUCCAUUCCCCAAGCCAUAUGCUCCAUUCCCCAAGCCAUAUGCUCCAUUCCCCAAGCCAUAUGCUCCAUUCCCCAAGCCAUAUGCUCCAUUCCCCAAGCCAUAUGCUCCAUUCCCCAAGCCAUAUGCUCCAUUCCCCAAGCCAUAUGCUCCAUUCCCCAAGCCAUAUGCUCCAUUCCCCAAGCCAUAUGCUCCAUUCCCCAAGCCAUAUGCUCCAUUCCCCAAGCCAUAUGCUCCAUUCCCCAAGCCAUAUGCUCCAUUCCCCAAGCCAUAUGCUCCAUUCCCCAUGCCCCAUGCUCCAUUCCCCAAGCCAUAUGCUCCAUUCCCCAAGCCAUAUGCUCCAUUCCCCAAGCCAUAUGCUCCAUUCCCCAAGCCAUAUGCUCCAUUCCCCAAGCCAUAUGCUCCAUUCCCCAAGCCAUAUGCUCCAUUCCCCAAGCCAUAUGCUCCAUUCCCCAAGCCAUAUGCUCCAUUCCCCAAGCCAUAUGCUCCAUUCCCCAAGCCAUAUGCUCCAUUCCCCAAGCCAUAUGCUCCAUUCCCCAAGCCAUAUGCUCCAUUCCCCAAGCCAUAUGCUCCAUUCCCCAAGCCAUAUGCUCCAUUCCCCAAGCCAUAUGCUCCAUUCCCCAAGCCAUAUGCUCCAUUCCCCAAGCCAUAUGCUCCAUUCCCCAAGCCAUAUGCUCCAUUCCCCAAGCCAUAUGCUCCAUUCCCCAAGCCAUAUGCUCCAUUCCCCAAGCCAUAUGCUCCAUUCCCCAAGCCAUAUGCUCCAUUCCCCAAGCCAUAUGCUCCAUUCCCCAAGCCAUAUGCUCCAUUCCCCAAGCCAUAUGCUCCAUUCCCCAAGCCAUAUGCUCCAUUCCCCAAGCCAUAUGCUCCAUUCCCCAAGCCAUAUGCUCCAUUCCCCAAGCCAUAUGCUCCAUUCCCCAAGCCAUAUGCUCCAUUCCCCAUGUCCCAUGCUCCAUUCCUCAUUUACCAUGCUCCUUUGAUUUUGGCGGUCCCAUUCCAGAUGCCCUUUGGAACCUCACAGCUCUCACACUACUGUACGCCAGAGAAUGGCAUGAUCUGGAAUGGCAUGAUCUGGAAUGGCAUGAUCUGGAAUGGCAUGCUCUGGAAUGGCAUGAUCUGGAAUGGCAUGCUCUGGAAUGGCAUGCUCUGGAAUGGCAUGCUCUGGAAUGGCAUGCUCUGGAAUGGCAUGCUCUGGAAUGGCAUGCUCUGGAAUGGCAUGCUCUGGAAUGGCAUGCUAUGGAAUGGCAUGCUCUGGAAUGGCAUGCACUGGAGGAAUGAAUGCCAUGCACUGGAGGAAUGCCAUGCACUGUCAUACACGGUGCCGUUGCCAUGGAUGUUCCUUGUUCUGUGCAUGUGA